AUGGUGCGAAGAAGUAAUGGGCAAGCAGAGGUCACCAACCGUGAGAUUCUUCAAGUCUUGCACGCUAGGCUCGACCACAUCGGAGGAAGCUGGAUAGAUGAACUCCUCAACAUGCUAUGGGUGAUCCGCACGACUCCCAAGGAAGGGACCGGAGUAACUCCUUUCCACCUUGUGUAUGGUGGAGAAGCCAUCGUCCCCGUCAAAGUCGGAAUAGAAUCUGAUCAGAUACAACACUACAGCGAGGAAAACGCCGAGCGGAGGCUUUUGGAGCUGGACUUGGUGGACGAGGCACUAGCUAGAGCUGUAGUGCAGUUGAUAGCAUAUCGACAGAGGAUGAAGUAG